AUGCGCUUCUUCGGUGUCCCUCUUUUUGUGCUCGCGACUGGAGUUGCUGCGUUGCCACCAAGCGCUGGCGGUGUAGGUAAUGCCAAUGGUGUUGCGAACAAGGGCAAUGUCGCUAUGCGCUUCCCUGUCCCCGACAGCAUGACGGUGAAGCAGGCGCAGGCCAAGUGUGGCGACCAGGCACAGCUCUCCUGCUGCAAUCAUGCAACCUGGGCGGGCGAUACCACGGAUGUCAACUCUAAAAUUCUGGCUGGCACCCUCAGUAACCUGGUCGGUACCGGCUCUGGGGCUACAGGUCUUGGUCUCUUCGACGAGUGCUCCCAACUGGACGUUCAAGUGCCUAUUCUCGCCGGAAUCUUGGGCAUCCAAGAUCUGAUCAAGAAGAAAUGCCAGCAGAAUAUCGCCUGCUGCCAGAACUCCCCCUCUAGCGCGAAUGGAGAUUUGAUUGGUGCUGGAUUGCCCUGUGUCUCCCUUGGAGCGUUGCUCUAG